CAUACAGGCGCAAUGAACCGUACGCUCCCUCUCAUCCCUUCCCGUCAUGCGGCGCUGCUGCCUGCUCCUCCGUCGAGCCGCCAUGUUGUUGGAGUGAAAGCCCGGGGUGUCAGAGAAAAACUGGGGCCAAAAUCCGCGACCAUCCACCCUCUCCGCCGACAGGCUGUGGUGGAAUGAGCAGUGUGUGUGUGUUGAAGAGGAAAGCAGUGCUCUGGCAGGAUUCAUUCAGUCCCCACCAUAGAAGUACAUCUCCCAGCAUGCCAGUGGUGCUGAGCAGCGGAGGACAUGCCCCCCCCACCGGACAAACCCCUCAGGCCACACCCCCCAGUCAGCAGGGUGUGGCGGGCGCCGGACGUUCCCAGGAUGAUGCCAUGGUAGAUUAUUUCUUCCAGCGGCAGCAUGGCGAACAGCCCGGCAAACAUCGCUGGCCGACUGGAGACAACAUCCAUGACAGUCAGGUGCGGUCCAUGGAUGAGCUGAACCAUGAUUUCCAGGCUCUGGCUUUGGAGGGACGAGCUAUGGGAGAGGUGAGCAAUCAGCUCCUAACUGGAAAGAAAUUUUGGGAGACGGACGAUUCUGGGAAGGAUGGACCAAAAGGGAUCUUCUUGGACCAGUGGAGGGACAGUGCGUGGGGUGCCUCAGAUCACUCCGUGUCUCAGCCGAUCAUGGUGUCCCGUCGGCCAGGGCAGGGUUUCCACGGCGGAGGUGAAGUAGGGGUGGGUUCAGUGAUGUCACCGCGAUCUGAAAGUGGGGGGCUGGGAGUUAGCAUGGUGGAGUACGUUCUGUCGUCCUCACCAGCUGAUAAAUUGGAUCCUUGCCUCAGAAAAGGACCAUAUGGACAGCGGGAUGGAGAGGUGGAGGAAGAGAAGAGGGAGAAGCCGAAGACGGCGUUUGAGGGAGAGAAACUGAAAGAGUUAACAGAAAGUGAAAGUGAUGUGAUCAAUGAUGUCAUCAACCCAAACGGGCUGCCCGUACAGAACGGUCUCGACGUCGAUGUGAAGGAGUUUGGUCGUCCGUCUGUCAACAUGCCCCCACCUGGCCCUGAGGGCGACCUGCUGGGGGGUCCAGGAGGGGUAGGGUCUGAAGGCUUGACUCCUCUUGGUGGCGGUGGAGGCCCAAAACCCCCUGAUGAUUUCUCUGGAGUGGAUCAAGGUGGUGUUACCAUGGACGCCAUGGAGUCGGUGAUGGAGCCGCUUCAGUUUGACUACAACUCUCAGAUGCCCAUGGACUCUGCUCCCACUGUGGGUCUGUUUGAUUACGCUAACCAGCAGCAGCUUUUUCAGAGAAACAACGCUCUAGCUGUGCAGCAGUUAACAGCAGCUCAGCAACAGCAAUAUGCGCUGGCAGCUGCACAGCAGCCCCACAUUGGGCUUGCCCCAGCAUUUGUGCCCAAUCCUUACAUCAUCAGCGCUGCUCCUCCAGGGACAGACCCCUACGCAGCAGGACUCGCAGCAGCAGCUACUCUCGGCCCUGCGGUGAUGCCUCCCCAGUACUACGGGGUGACCCCCUGGGGGGUCUAUCCUGCCAACCUUUUCCAGCAGCAGGCUGCUGCAGCCAACAGCUCAGCCAAUCAGCAGGCAGCUGGACAGGGUCAGCAGAACCAGCAGCAGGUGAUGCGGGCUGGAGGAAGCCAGCGUCCGUUGACCCCCAGCCAGGGUCAGCAGGGUCAGCAGAACGAUCAGCUGGUCGCUGCAGCAGCAGUAAACUCAGCCCUCGCCUUUGGGCAGGGGUUAGCUGCAGGCGUCCCUGGGUACCCGGUCUUGGCACCGGCAGCCUACUAUGAUCAGACAGGGGCCCUGGUAGUUAACACUGGAGCCAGGAGUGGCCCUGUCCGCCUUAUGGCCCCUGCCUCUGUCAUCAUAUCCUCCUCUGCAGCACAAGCAGUUGCCGCAGCAGCAGCUUCGGCCGGUGGUGCCAAUGGUGGUUUGGGUGGAGGAGCUAACGGUCCGUUUCGUGCCAUGCAAUCCCAGCAGCCUCAGCAGCAGGGCGGCCCUGGCGGUGCUCUGGGAGGAAGCUCCUUCUAUGGAUCCUCGUCCCUUAGCUCCUCCUCUCAGAGCUCCUCUCUCUUCUCACAAGGCUCAGCCCAGCCUGGACCAGGGUCGGCCUCGCUGGGCUUUAGCCAGCCAACCUCAUCCUCCCUCGGUGCCACUCUUGGAGCCACACUGGGAGGGUUUGGCACCGCAGUGGCCAACUCUAGUGGUGGCAGUGGUUCCAGGCGGGACUCUCUGACAGGCAACAGCGAGCUGUACAAGCGCACCCCCUCCAGUCUCACCCCCAUUGGUCAUGGAGGCUUCUACAACGGCACCUUGGGUUUCAGUCCAUCUCCUGGGCCUGUGGGUAUGCCUCUACCCAACCAGGGGCCAUCCCACUCCCUCACACCUCCGCCCUCGCUGUCCAAUCACAGCUCCUCAUCCAACCUCAAUCUUGGAGGACUGACUAACGGCAGCGGCCGUUUCAUCUCGGCAGCUCCUGGAGCGGAGGCCAAGUACCGCAGUGCAGCGAGCUCUGGCUCCUCCCUCUUCUCGCCCAGCAGCCAGCUGUUCCCGUCGUCACGGCUACGCUACGGCAUGUCAGACGUGAUGCCUUCGGGUAGAAGCCGUCUGCUGGAGGACUUCAGGAACAACCGCUACCCUAAUCUGCAGCUUCGUGACAUCGCCGGCCACAUCAUGGAGUUCAGCCAGGACCAGCACGGCAGCAGGUUUAUCCAGUUAAAAUUGGAGCGAGCCAGUUCAGCAGAGCGCCAGCUUGUCUUCAGUGAGAUCCUGCAGGCGGCCUAUCAGCUCAUGGUGGAUGUGUUUGGAAACUAUGUCAUCCAGAAGUUCUUUGAGUUUGGGAGCCUGGAUCAGAAGUUGGCUCUGGCCGAAAGAAUCCGAGGUCACGUGCUGUCGCUGGCCCUGCAGAUGUACGGCUGCAGGGUCAUUCAGAAAGCUCUGGAGUUCAUCCCCUCAGAUCAGCAGGUCAUUAGCGAUAUGGUGCGCGAGCUGGACGGCCACGUGCUGAAGUGCGUGAAGGACCAGAACGGGAAUCAUGUAGUGCAGAAGUGCAUUGAAUGCGUCCAACCUCACGCGCUGCACUUCAUCAUCGAAGCCUUUAAGGGACAGGUCUUCGCCCUCUCUACUCACCCAUAUGGCUGCCGAGUCAUCCAGCGUAUUCUCGAACACUGCCUUCCUGAACAGACGCUGCCAAUCCUGGAGGAGCUCCAUCAGCACACAGAGCAGCUAGUGCAGGACCAGUAUGGAAACUAUGUAAUCCAGCACGUUUUGGAGCACGGCCGGGCCGAGGAUAAGAGCAAAAUUGUGGCUGAAAUAAGAGGCAACGUAUUGGGACUCAGCCAGCACAAGUUUGCCAGCAACGUGGUAGAGAAGUGUGUGACCCACGCGUCUCGGGCAGAACGUGCGCUGCUGAUAGACGAAGUCUGCAGCCUGACUGAGGGUCCCCACAGUGCCUUAUACACCAUGAUGAAGGACCAGUACGCCAACUACGUGGUACAGAAGAUGAUCGACGUGGCCGAACCCACACAGCGCAAAAUUGUAAUGCAUAAGAUCCGGCCCCACAUCCAGACCCUGAGGAAGUACACCUAUGGAAAACACAUCCUCGCCAAGCUGGAGAAGUACUACAUGAAGAACGGCGUCGAUCUUGGUCCUAUCUGUGGUCCUCCUAACGGCAUCAUGUGAGCCCCCCUUUCCUCCACCCAAACCCUGAAAUUAUGUCUCUCCCCCCCAAGCUCACCUUCAUCAAGCAGUCAGGACCACCAGCUCCACCUCUGCUGCCCCCGUCAGACCCUUCAGAAAACAUCACCCCCACUCCUUCACCACCUCAACCAAAUCUUACCCUCUGAAGACGGACGGCGGCCUUAGAUUUUUUUUUGUCACCCCUCCCCCGUCAAGUCCAGGCCUGGUGAACUAGGAGACGCAGGUCAGACGGGGUGGAGACCUGGUCUACCAUCCCUCCCCCACCCCUUUUUUUUUGUUGUUUCCAAAGAACUCAAAACAUUUCACUUUUUGCUAAAGCUGCACACAAUCUUUGUUCCCCCGUCCUCCUCCGCCUCGCCCCAGUGAAGAUAUUUACCACUAUGAGAUGGAGUAUUUAAUUUGUCCGACAUCACAGAAUCAUAGACAAAUCCACACAUGCCAUCAGCUUAACCAGCAGACAGAUCAUAUUAGCAUGGGAGAUUUGUUUUCUGGUCUUGCUUCUAUAAAUAUAACGUGUAUACUUGGUGUAGACCUUUGCAUAUAUAUAUAUAUAAAUAUAUAUAUAAAACUUUGUAGUUUUUCUGGUUUUUGAUGUUGAAUCUGUAUCUAUAAUGUAUCCUAGUAGUGACCACAUACUUCUGACUGUAUAAUUGUACAUUUGUAAACCCUUGUAAUGUAAAAGUGCUUUACCACCCUUUUUUGGUAUGAGAAGGAAAAAAAGACAAAAAAAUUUCACUCUAGAAAAAAGAAUCUGUGCAUUUCAGUGUAUAUUCUCACCUCAUUGGUUGUGACAUAUGAGUUGUUGUAUAUUGUAAAUUGUAAUAUCAAAUUUUUUUGGUUUGAAAAGCCCUUUCUAUACAGCGUAGUACUUGUACAAAGAUUCGCCACGCUUGGUUUUAUCUUUAUCAUGUCACUGCUUAACUUAAAGACAUCGGUCUCCCGCUGACUCCCAAUUGAAACGUUCUGUUUGACUUAGUGGUGUCUUCUGGCUUAUGUUGAAGGCUCUUUUUGGGUUUCUUUGUCAUUUUUUUUAUAUAUAAAAAAGAUCUUUUUAUAGGAGUGCUUUUCCCCAUGAAAUGUUUGUGUAUAGGUGUGCUGGUUGGGGUGGGGAUUGAAAUUUUAAUGAUUUAAACCCACCCAACUCUUCAGCUACCCACGACUGAUUUCUGGGGUAAAUCAAUGGAUUGUACAGAGGAGAUUCUUGUGUUUUUUGGCAUUUUUUUCUCUAGUGAUGUAAGUGCUGUAUCAUACAUGUCCUUUUGGGUGAGAGGCGGCGGUGUACAUUUGGAGCAGCCUUGUGUAUAUUUACUACGAGCACACCUGUAACCAUAUGUGUAUAGUUAACAGAACCUGUGUAUGCUUAUUGCCUGGGCAACUAUUUUUUGUAACUCCUGUUGUAGAUUGUCUCUAAACAACUGUGUGAUCUUUAUUUUGAAACCAAAACAAAAAAACUUUGAAAAUUUAA